GCUUUUGGUCACUUGGAGCCCACAAAUUUCAUAACCUUAGUCGGCUCAUAGGUGGUGAUGCUGCCACACCAGGAAUUGCGCCCUACCAUAUCUCUAUGUUUCCGAUCAAAAUAAAUCGGCACGUAUGCGGAGGCGCCAUCCUAACCAAACGUUGGGUCAUCACAGCCGGACAUUGUUUAAAGAAUGGACUACCAAAUGACUUCAGGAUUAUGACAGGUGGCGAGCAGGAUUUAAAGAAGAUGGAACACGUAAAGUUCUACAAUCCGGAGGCCUUUAUAAUGCAUUGCAGCUAUGAUGUAACUGCAAAAACGCAGGAUCAUGAUUUGGGAUUGAUACGCAUAAAAGAGGACAUCGUGUUCAAUGCAUUUACAAAGCCGAUUUCUAUGCAUCCAGAUCCAGUACCUAUAGGCACCGAGUUGUUAAUUGUCGGCUACGGCUUGACUAAGUUAAUUCUCCCAAAGGCUCCAACUAAAAUGCGAAUGCUAUAUACGAAUAUAAUCAAUCGGGAUGAAUGUAGUAAGAAAAUGGGGAAAAAAAUAACUGCGGGCGUCAUCUGUGUAUACAAGGCGGUCCAGAAGGGCAUCUGCUAUGGCGACUCGGGUUCGCCGUUCACCCUGAAUGGUAAGCUAGUGGGUUUAGCCAGCUGGGGCAGGCCCUGCGCUAGAGGUUUUCCCGACAUGGUGGCAAGCAUCGCAUAUCAUUAUAAGGGCAUUAAAAAAGUUAUGGAGAGGUACAGUAAAAAAAAUAUUAAUGACGAAUGCAUAUCAUAAGUGAUUAAAAAAGUCAACGCAUUUUUUAUGAA